AUGGAUCCACUUCAAGAGGAAACCGAAAAGGAAUUUACUAUUUUCUUAAGAGAUUUUUCUACAAAUUAUAACAAUGUCACAGAAUAUAGAUUUAAUACAAAAAACGAAUAUGAAUUUCUCAAGAAUUAUACUUUAAAUGAAAAUAUUGGCUUUUUCGGCACUGUUUACAAUAGAAGCUAUUUCAGUCGACAUAAACAAGAAAGAAAAUUUGCGAAAUACAAUUUCGAGACAAACGAAUUGACGUCAGGAAAUGUGACUCCUGACUUAUUUCAAACAAGUCUAUUUUUGUCUUUUGUAUUGUUUUUUCCAGAGGAGAAUUAUCUUUGGGCAAUGUACGAAACAAAUUAUUCUGAUUCAAAAAUAUAUUAUCAUCUGUUAAAAAUUGAUCCACGGAGUUUAGAAAUUGUCUUCAGCAAGUCUGUAAAUUUUCACGAAUGUAGAACAGAAAAUAUAUUGAUUACAUUUGGCAGGAUUUACUGCGUCGACAUCAAGGAGCAGAAAAUUGAUUUAUUGCAGGAUAUAUACGAAAGGAAAAAUCGAAAAAUUACAUUAAAUUUACCUACAACUAAUUUGGAUUUAAAACGUAAUAUUGUCUUUUAUAAUUACAGAAGUCGACAUCUCUAUGUAUAUGACCAGUUUAUAUUUAAGAGAUACAAACUCCAUUGUUCUAAAGAAGAUUAA